GCCGUCACAUCCGAUCACUUUCUUCCUGUGUGAAUCCGAGGAACCAAAACGACUAAGCAGAGUUGCCGAGGGGGCCCAAAGAUCUAGGACUUGCUGAUACGGUGUUAGGAAUCUCAUGUGCUCCUACGCCUGGUCGUUGCUGAAGAGCUGUCCCACUCUUCAGGUCCGCGGUCCCCGCUAGUCCCGGAGGAGGCAACUCCUGCAGAGAGAGGGCCUCGGAAGCGCCGUGGAGAUGGCUGGGAGGUCCGCGGCCUCCGCGUCCUGGGACUUCUGGCUGCUGCUCCUGGUCCUGGGGCGCCGGCUGACGACGGCAGAUUUCCUGGAAGUGGAGAUGGCGGGGAGAACCCAGAUCGUGUCCCUGAAUGACAAUGUGACCAUCUUCUGCAAGAUCCCCGGUUCCCCACACCUGAACAUCAAGAUUAUGGGUAUUACCUGGUUUCGAAAGAGUCAGAUGUCUGAAAAAGAGGUCAAGCUGUUUGAAUUUUUUGGAGAUCAUCAAGUGGCAUUCCGACCUGGAGCCAUCGUGUCCCCAUGGAGGCUGGAGAAGGGGGAUGCCUCGCUGCAGCUGCCUGAGGUCCAGGUGGGGGAAGCAGGAGAGUACCGUUGUGAGGUGGUGGUCACUCCACAGAAGGCACAAGGAAGGGUCUGGAUCGAAGUUGUGGCUUACCCAGCCAGCAGACUAUUUCUGCAGCAAGCCAUGGUGAAGGGAAAUGAAGACACACGUAUUGUGUGUAAGUCAAGUGGAUUCUACCCGGAAGCUAUUAAUAUAACGUGGGAAAAGUGGACCCAGAAGGUUCCUCAUCACCUAGAGAUUUCUGAGGGCGUUGUCACUAGUCCUGCCACCAAGAAUGAAGAUGGUACAUUUAAUGUCACUAGCUACUUGAACCUGCAGUCCUCCCUGGAAGACAGUGGGACUGUCUACCAGUGUGUGGUAUGGCAUACAUCCUUGCUCACCCCCUUGAGGGUCAACUUCACCCAGACUGUGAUAGGAUCUAAGAAGAGAGAUGCCUUGGGGAUUAUUUUUCUUCCUUUUCUUGGACUGAUUUUAUUAUUGAUUGGUUUGUGUUUUUGGAAAAGGUAAGGGCUCCAAAGCAAGGUUCAGCCCUGUGUCUUGGAGUUAGCUCUAGGAGUUCAGGGAUCAUAGCCAUUGGAUGGUGUUGGAGUUCUCAGGAAUGAUGCUGAGGUAUCGUUAGUGUGGUGUGUGUUUGUGGUGUGUGGCUUUUUCUGAUGUUGCAUGGGGGAAAAACUUUGCCAUCUGAUCUCCAUGUGGUAGUUUAUGACUUUGGGGAGAUGUACUGUAAAGCCUCCCUCUGUUUCUCCCUACUGAACAAGUUUCACUGUGAAUUAAACCUGACCUUACUAGUUCAGACAGGCCUUUGAACUCUGUGUGGGCUGCAUUGCUGUUCUCACACAUACAGAAACUCUGGCUCAGAGAGUGGAGUUCCUUCUAUCAAUUGCUCCUAUUUUGUUUAUACCUCAAUGGAAUAAUUUACAACCAGAUUCCACGGGUUUGACCAAGAAUUUCUAACCCUCCUUCACUAGAUAAUUUCUAAAUAUCCAAACUAACAUGUUUCCAAACAUGUUUAUCCCUGACUGUGACCCAGAUAGCAAAUAAAACAGCUCAAGCUUUAGGGGCUUGAGAGACCAAUAUAAAAGCAUUGGUUAAAAUGGUUCUAGAUAAUAAAAUGGCCCUUAAUUACUAUGGGUCUGCCAAGGCAAAAUCUGUGCAAUACUGAUACAUCUCUUUGUAAAUGCUUUAGGAAAAGUGGAAUAGUCAUUUAAUCAAGAAAAAAGUCUGUUUAUCUAAAGUUGGCCAACUGGAUUCACGGGACUAUUCUCCUGGUUGGAUCUAGGCCAAUGAGUAAACUGGAUAUAAAGUGGGUUUUCAAAUGUUUAUUGUGAUAUUUGUGAUUUUUGUCAUAUUUCUUGCCUUUCUCUGAUAUCCAGGUACUAUUGUGAUAACCCCAAGAGCCAGCAUUAAUGCUUUCUUUUAUUCUUUUUUAGACACCAGAUCUUGCUCUAUUGCUCAUGCUGGAGUGGGAGUGCAGUGGCACAAUCAAAUAACCUCGAAUUCCUGGGCUCAACUGAUCCUUCUACCUCAGCAUCC